AUAGGCGUCGAUCUAGGAAGAGAGGGUGGAAAAAACUAAAAAGCAAAGAUAAAAUAAAGAUACGAGCCCCCACCUUCCUUCGUCUCCUCAACAGGAGCCUCCCGUUCCGUUUCACUCUCGACCCUUUUGAUAUUGACGUCCCCAUUUUUUUCAACCUUUCUCUCUCUCUCUCUCUUGAAUUAUUAUUAUACAUUUUUGUGUGUUUACGCAAUUUCCAAAAUUUAUUAAAAUAAAAAUUAAAAAAAUCUCUCGUUCGGACAAAGAAAGAGAGAGAGACACUCUGUGAUCGGUCCUUGACGAGACAGUGCACUUUAACGGGCUUCAAAGUUUUUUGCUUUUCUUUUCUUUUCUUUUCACUCUCUCCUCGUUCUUUUUCUUUCUCUUCCAAUCAAGAACAAACCCUAGCUUCCUCUCUUUCUCUCUCUAUCUAUCUUCUUAUCAGUAGUAGUACUCUCUCAUCAGAUCAAUCAUCAUGAACGAUCCUCCUGAUCUGAGAAACGACGACGACUCUGCUGCUUGGAGAGAACUCACUGCUUCAGAUUCUGACUUCUUUGACAGAGACACUUCCACUAUCCUCUCCGACUUCGGCUGGAGCCUUGACCACUCCUCCGAUCAUCCUCGAAAUCUCUCCGAUCUUGCUCCAACCACCACCAAGACUCAUCCUUCCUCCACUUCUUCUUGUUCCUCAUCCGUUCUCGUCGCCGUUACAGAGGUUUCCACACCUACUACUAACCCCUCCGCUACCUCCAGCUCAAGCGAUGAUCCAGCUGACAACUCCGCGGCCAAAACACCACCGGAGACACCAUUGAAGGAGAAAAAGAAGGCUCAAAAGCGAAUUCGUCAACCGAGAUUUGCAUUCAUGACGAAGAGUGAUGUGGAUAAUCUUGAAGAUGGAUAUCGAUGGCGUAAAUAUGGACAAAAAGCUGUCAAGAAUAGCCCAUUCCCAAGGAGCUACUAUAGAUGCACAAAUAGUAGAUGCACGGUAAAGAAGAGAGUGGAGCGGUCAUCAGAAGAUCCAUCCAUAGUAAUCACAACAUACGAAGGACAACAUUGCCAUCAAACCAUUGGAUUCCCUCGAGGUGGAAUCCUCACUGCACACGACCCUCAUAGUUUCACAUCUCAUCAUCAUCUCCCUCCUCCAUUGCCAAAUCCUUAUUAUUACCAAGAACUCCUUCAUCAACUUCAUAGAGACAAUAAUACUCCUUCACCGCGGUUACUCCAAUCUACUACUGAAGAUGCACCUACCAUAUCUAAUCCAUCAGAGGAAGGCUUACUUGGUGAUAUUGUACCUCAAACUAUGCGCAAUCCUUGAGGGAAGCUUUGGUAACAAUAGCUAAGGAGGUGCUAACUCAUAUUGGUAGAAGAUAUUGCAGACUGGAAAAUGAUGGGAGGGUAUAAUUAAACAAUAUGGCCACAACUCGUUGUAACCAUGGAUCUAAUAUAUAACUAUAUAUAUUAUAAUAUAUAACUAUAUAUAUUACUCCAUUGUUCAUCAAUAGCACCUCACUACUGGUAGGUUCGCAAUUUCUAAGAGAUAUGUAUAUAUAUAUAUAUAUAUAUGUAGUAAUGUAUGUAGUUAUAUAUAUCCAGAUAAUUUUGAUGUAACUCAUCAACAUUAAUCUACUUCAGUCGUGGAAUCAUCCACAUUCAGAUGCAUGUAUAUGUGCACUUAAGAAAAAAAGAACGUGGAGGAUUUGACGUUAUAUUUAUUAUUCUACUUUUACGUUUCAA